AUGGUUGAUCCCACAGCUGAUGUGGUGCUCUCGCCUGUGGAGACCAGCCUGUACAACAACGUCCAGGCUCUUCUCAAAGAGAUGAGGAGCCAGAGUUCUUCACAGAAAGGAGUGCACAGAUGGAGCCUUCAGAAGAAGCUGGAGGACGAUCCGUCCUGCAGCGUCUCACUGAUCAGAGUUCUGGUCAAAGAGCUGGACAAGAAACUGAAGAGAAUUCACAAACCACAAUCCUACACGCAUGUCAUUCCGAUGCUUCACACUCUCUACUAUGCAGUUAUUCAGUCAGGUGUGAUGAUUCCCAGCAGCCUCUACCAGACAGUGUACGAGUGUUUGAUGAAGCUGCUGAUAUUACCAUCGCCUUACUCUGCUGUGGCCCUGCGCACGCUGAGGAGCAUCAAGAUGGAAAUGAACACACCAGGCUCCUUGUAUCAGAAGAGAGUCACUGCAGAGCAGAAUCUGAACAACAAUCAUUUCACCUGGCAGGAAAAGGUGUUUGUGCUCGCUGACCCAGCUGUGUUUUCGGCUCCACUGGAGGCAGCAGUGAGAAAACACUUGGAGGCGUCAAACUUUCUCAGGGACACGACAACCAUGGAGAUCAGUGUGGUGCUGCGUGUGCUGCAGGCCGGGCUGGGGACGAGCUGCCACAGCUCCAGACUGGCUCAGGCUCUGGAGGCUUUAGAGAAACAUACGGUAGAGAAAUAUUUCCAGGAAGUGGUCUCAGCUGUGGAGAAGAGUAUGAAGCACGGUGCAGGUGGUCGUACAAUCUAUCUGAACAAACUAAGAUACAUAUACGGAGACAUCCUGACUGCCUCUAAAGGAAGAACAACGCUGGAUCACGGUUCUGUGUGUAGCAAUGCAAUGCCCUUUCCAGAGAUCAACUUCCUGUUAUGGAGCGACGAGGAUGAUCUAUGGGACCUGCUGGCAGACUUCGCCCAGUGCUCCCACUCUAACUCAGCCAGUGUUGAUGAAGAUGAGAAGGGCAAAAGAGACAGCGGGAUAGAGAGAGAUAUAAAGGAGAGCGACCCCGACGACACACUGCGGUCUUUGGCCACAAAGCCCGGGUCAGUAAUCAAACGGAGAAAUGCCUUUAAGUCCAUGAAGCCAGCAGAUAGACUGAGCCUUAUGCAGGAGAAGAUAGAUGUGUUUCCUGGAAGCUCUGCUGUCGUAAAAGAAGACAGGAGGCGUCACACGGCACAUGUGGUGGUGAUGGGCGAUGACCGUGUGCUGGGACGACUCGCCAGGACUUAUCACUCGAUUCGAGAACGAGAGUCAAAACACCUUCUCCUGACGAGGAAACUGAAGCUACAGUUGUACUACGUCCCGUUCUCUAAUGUGGAGUCGUUGCUCAGUUCACCUGACAGCCCGUGUCAGAAUGGAUGCAGAUUGUCUCUGGCCUCCACGUUGGGAAGAGUGGAUCCAUGGUACAACAGCAACAUCAACAGUCUGGGAGCUACAAUCUCCAAACUGGCUGAAAUGACCUCCAUUCUGAAGUCUCAACAAAGCCUCCCUCUGCUGGACACUCUGUGUUACUACCUCCGCUGUGGGAUGCAGCCCGUUAACCUGCCGCUCUAUUCUGUGAAGAUGACGCGCUCCAGCUGCGGCGUGAGUUCGGUGGUGGAGGACGUGUUUGUGUCUCACCUGGACGCAGACAUCCCUGAGUUCAGACACCUGAAAGAGAAGUUCACAAGUAGGUUUUCUGAGUUUCCUUCUAAGUCGACAGUGGAACUCUUUGCCGCAGUCAUGUCAGUCAGUUAUUCAAAGAUGUCUUUGAGCAAAAGAAAAGUCAAAAUGGGAGAGGCGCCCAUGACAUGUGGCGUGAUGAUUACAUCAGAGCCGGCAGCUUUAACAUCAGGCGAGGAUCACCUCACUGUCAGGUUUGACAGUCUGAACCCAGGAUACAACACAACGAUCCAAACCCAGAACAUCAGCAUCAGGACGAUGGAGCAUCGAAUGCUCUCCGUGUGUCUGGACAAGGACUCCCGCAGGACCUACACUGAUGUUCUCAGGAUUGAGAUUUCUCCGUGCUUGGAUCCAGGCUGCAGCAUCCGGUCCAGGUUCAGUGUCAGUCAGGAGCGAGAGCCGCUGAUCAGCAAGUAUCUGGACAAAGUGCUGUCGCUGCCCAUCAACACCUUCACUGGAGUGACGGCCUGAGAGACGUGAGCCGUCCACGCCAUGUGUACAGAUGAUGCUGCAUCAACACCAGAUGAUGUGUCACAAACCUGUGUGUAUAAAUGUUAUAAAUGACACAGAGGGUUAAAAUAAAGUAUUAACAACAUUUUUUCUGUUGUAUAUAACAAUAUGCUUUUGUUAUUAUAACGUUAGACCCUUAAAAUACUUUAACAUGGUAACUAUUUUUAAUAUAAGAACAGCACACAUGCCUAACUGCUGCAUGAAUUUGCUGAGCUGGUCAGAGACACA